AUGGCAGAUUUUAAGCUGUUUGAAUACCAGGAAGAGGUGGUUGAAAGAGCUCUUCGGAGAGAGAAUAUAAUCAUUUGGCUGCCGACAGGAGGUGGAAAGACCCGUGCUGCUGUGUAUGUGGCCAAAAACCACUUAGAGACCACACCACAGGCAAAAGUGAUGGUCCUGGUAAACAAGGUUCACCUUGUGGAUCAACAUUACAACAAAGAGUUCAAGCCUUACCUGGGCCGUGACUACACCUUGACACCAGUCAGUGGAGAGAGUGAGGAAAAGGACUUCUUUGGGAAAGUAGUGCAGGACUCAGACGUGAUCAUCUGCACAGCACAGAUCUUGUAUAAUGCUCUGACUAAUGAGGAGGAGUCCAAACAUGUCGAGCUCUCAGAUAUUACUCUACUGAUAAUCGAUGAGUGUCACCACACCCACAAGGACUCAGUGUACAACAAGGUGAUGGCAUGCUAUGUGGAGAAAAAGUUGAAAGGAGAACGACCAUUGCCACAGAUCCUGGGUCUCACUGCAUCACCGGGGACAGGGGGCGCAAGGAUCCUGGAAACAGCUGUGGAGCAUGUACUGCAGAUUUGUGCCAACAUGGACUCAGCCAUAGUUUCAACUAAAAACUAUGUCUCUGAGCUGAAGAAGAAAGUACCCAGACCCAUCAAGACAUUUGACAUCGUGGAAAAAAGGCUUCAGGAUCCAUUUGGGGAUCAUCUGAAGCGCAUGAUGCAGAUGAUCCAUGACUACAUGGAUCUUCCUUCAGACUUCAGACUGAGAGAGUGUGGCACACAAGAGUAUGAAGCAGAUGUGGUGAUACUAAACCAGCGAGGAAUCAGACAGGACAACAGACUGGUGGCAGAAUGUGCACUCCACCUCAGACAGUACAAUGACGCCCUGCUCAUCAAUGAAACCCUGCGGAUGAUGGAUGCUUAUCGCUCCUUGGAGGACUUCUACAACAAGCCCACCACAAAACUUGAUGGAACAGACUACUUCCUGGAGGCACUUUUCCAAGAGAAUCAGGUGGAGCUGAAGACACUAGCAAGAGAUUCUCGUUAUGAGAACCCAAAGAUGGGCAAACUUGAGAGCACUCUGCUAGAACAGUUUGGUCCAGGCGUGGAAUCAAGGGGGAUCCUCUUCAGUAAAACCCGUAAAAGCAUCCACUGCCUGAAUGACUGGGUCCUCACUAAUGAAGCCUUACAGGAAGCUGGCAUUAAGGCAGCCAUCCUCACUGGAGCUGGCAACGGUAUCACUUACAUGACACAGAACGAGCAAGCAGAGACAAUCCGCAAUUUCCGCGAGGGUAAACUCAACCUCCUGAUCUCCACCAGUGUGGCGGAAGAGGGCCUUGAUAUCCCUGAAUGCAACCUGGUGGUACGCUAUGGACUGCUUACAAAUGAGAUUGCCCAGCAGCAGGCCAGCGGACGUGCCCGAGCAAAAGACAGUCGGUAUUCUGUAGUCGCCCAGUCAGGGGGACGGGAAUUGCGACGGGAGCUCACCAAUGAAUAUCUGGAAGAGCUGACUGGAAAAGCCAUCGCUAAGGUCCAAAAUAUGAGCCUCCACAAGUUUCGCACAAAGAUAUCUGAGCUACAAGAGGAGGCAGUUAUUGGCAGAAAAAUUGCAGAGAGCCGCAAAACAGAGAAGAGGAGUCGCAACACAGCUGCUAGUGUCCAGCUCUUGUGUCGAAACUGUUUCAGGUCUGUGGCCUCUGGCAGUGACAUUAAACUUCUUGAAAAGGCACACUACGUCAACAUCAAUCCUGAGUUUAGGAACCACUACAAAGUUGGUGGGCAGGUCAUGCUAGGAAGGACUUUCGAGGACUGGGAGCCUGGGCGUACAGUCAGUUGUAGAAACUGCAACAAGGACUGGGGAUUUGAGAUGAAGUACAAGAAAGCUGCCGUGCUGCCCAAUCUAGCCAUUAAAAAUUUGGCCUUGCAGACCCCUGAUGGCAGGACGACUGUGAAGAAGUGGAAGGAUGUCCCUUUCACUGUUGACGACUUCAGCUUUGAUGACUACUGCCAAGACAACUUCCCUGACCUCUUCGACUGAGAUGCCACCACAAAGCUUUGUGUGGGUUCUUUGCUACUUCAAGUUUUUUUUAAUCCGUUUUUGUCAUUCCUGUCUGUUGCUGUUAGUUUGUCUGUGCUCAUUUACAGAGAGCAUCACUGUAUUGUUUGAGGUGCAUAUAUAUGAACACAGGCUUUCAAAAAUGCACUCUUCACGUGCUCGCAUUAAUUGAUGCUGUCGGGCCAGUGAGGCAGCAGUGUGCUAAAACCCAUUACGCAUCGAUCAUGCUUGAAAUUAGCAUGACAGCUUUGUUUAUGCCUAAGGUCCCAACUCCCUUUGCAUGUUUUUCUUUGCAGUUCCUCUGCUUCAUCUCAAGUCAAGCACAGAACCAGAGCACACAAUGAACUCUGCUGUAACAUGAACCUUAACCAUCAAGAACACUUGACAUAUCAUCACGAACAUGAUUCCUUAUGAACUUUUUUAGAUAUUUUAAGACGCUUUUAAUUGGCAACUAAAUUUUUACAGUUGAUCCAUUAGUAUAUACUGUACAUGUACGUGUGCCUGUGAAAAUCUCAAAUAAUUUAUGUAAAUAUUUAAAUGUUUUACACGAUAUGGGUACAUUUGUUUUUGGCUGAUUUUAUGCUUUUACUCUAUAUUAUUUUAUGACAACUAAUAAUAUGAAUAAACUUCACUAAAGCUGAAUGAAAUUUAAAUAAACACUCCUUUUGAAAUGCCUAA